UAUAAUCUGUGAAUGUGCGGCUCUGAGUGUGAGCGGGCGGCUGGAGCUUCUCGUUGCACAUGUUCCGGGAAGAAACCGAACGAAGAGCGUGGAACAAAAGCUGAGAAAUGAAUGACUGAGAGGACGAAAAGAAAACACGCUCAUUUUUUCCUCUUCUUCCUCUUCUUCUGAUAGCUGGAGGAGGACGCAGAUAGCUGCACCACCACCAGGAAAUAUCUUCAAAAUGGACCUUCAUGAUAAAGAAAUUAUCCCUGGAGAGAUUUUGCCUGUGGUGAUCAUCGGUAACGGUCCAUCGGGGAUCUGUCUGUCCUACCUGUUGUCAGGUUACACCCCCUACCUGUCACCUGAGGCGUCCCAUCCCAACCCCCUGCUGCACAGCAAACUGGGAGAGCAGCCUCACCUGUCGCUGCUGGAGCAGGACCUGGAGUACCUGUGCGAGGGUUUGGAGGGACGGUCGUCCAAUCCCGUGGCCGUGCUCUUUGAUUCGCUGCUGCUGCCCGACAGUGACUUCGGAUUGGACCACACGUCUCCGUUGGAAUGGCGAUACGAGCCGGAGCGCGCCAUCCCACACCUGGUGCUGGGGAAGGGUCCGCCUGGAGGAGCCUGGCAUGCUAUGGAGGGCUCCAUGCUAACUCUGAGCCUGGCUAACUGGAUGGAGCUUCCCGGACUCAAACUGAAGGACUGGAUGAGAGAGAAACGCAGAAAUGUUCGAAACGACCGUGCCACGCCAGCAGAGAUCGCCUCCUACUACCAACACUACGUUUCCCAGAUGUCCCUGGAGCAGAGCUUUGCAUGUGGUACCACCGUCACCUCGGUAACCAGGCAGCCUGGCAACCAGGAGGGGGCGCCACCCUGCUGGAGAGUCUCAGGACUGCAGCACAGAGAGGGGGAAGAGCUGGCAGAUGGUUCUGCUGUUUCCGAGGCCGUGCCCUUCUCCAUGUUGGCCCACAACGUGGUGUUGGCGACCGGGACGCACGAUAUCCCGGCGCGCCUAGGCGUGGAGGGCGAGUCCCUGCCCUACGUCUGCCACUCCUUCUGGGAGCUGGAGGCCGCCAUCUCUCGCGGCGAGCUCGACCAAUCGUCAGACCCCGUGCUGGUGGUGGGGGCGGGGCUCACGGCGGCCGACGCGGUACUGGCCGCCCACCAUCUCAACACGCCGGUUUACCACGCCUUCAGACGCUCGGUCACCGACCCAGGCCUCAUCUUCAACCAGCUGCCCAAGCUGCUCUACCCAGAGUACCACAAGGUUCACCAGAUGAUGACUCAGCAGCAGUACCAGCCAAGCCCUCCACCGCAGGACCACGCCCAGAACCUCCAUGACCACUCCUCCCCUUCCUCCCUCCCUCCCUCCUCUUCCUCUUCCACCUCUUCACCCCCUUCCUCCUACCCAGGGUACCUGAGCUUCCCUCGCUACAGGGUGGUGGCGCUCCGACCGGACCGGAAGUGCGUUCUGGAGUCGGACUCUGGCCAGCGGACGGUGGUCCAGAUCUCAAAGGCGCUGGUUCUGAUCGGCGCCCACCCCAACCUCUCCUUUCUGGGCGACAAUGGCCGUUCGCUUGGCGUCAACCCCGACGAGCCAAUCACGUGCCGGAGGAACCCGAUCGAAGUGGACCCGUUCACGAACAAGGUGGUUGCGGCAGACGGGCCGGGCAUGUACGCCAUGGGGCCGCUCGUCGGCGAGAACUUCGUCAGGUUCCUGAAAGGAGGAGCGCUGGCUAUCGCUAGCGAUCUCGCCAAGACACAGGGGGUGGGGGGAAGGGAGUUAACCACAGACAGAUGGGUGGACAGACAGGCGACCACGCAGACAGAAGCAGAGGCUUGCGUUGGGGAUUCGUAGCAGGUUUGGGGAAGGAUGGAGUGGACCGGUCUGAUCCGAGCUCAUCGAAUGAGACAAAACAGGAACUGCUGCAAAGAAAAAAGGUUUUCCAGAUAUGUAGGGAAAUCAAAGGCGCUGCUAAGUUGUUUUGAGGUGUGAAAACGGCCAAGAAAUGGGCUUUAGGACUGGAAAUGCACUGGUUUGGAUGGGUCUCAUCUCUUAGUAAAUCUACUGUAGAUUUGGUUGGGCAAAAAGAAGCCUUCAGAUCUGAAAAUCCUGAAAAGCAGCUUUAAAAAAGUUGUGCUCCUACAGAAAUACAGGGCAGUCGUAUGUAAGUUGGAGUUAAAAUGAGAAGAAGACAGUGAAGUGAAGGGUUCGUAAUGCAUUUGGGUCAUCCCUGUCAAAGCAUAAAGCUUAAAAUGUACAACUUUACCAACUACAAGUUGUUCUGGAAGGCCGUAAACUCCACCAUCAGCUUAUGUGUACUAUCCAAUACUGGAUUUUAGAGGCUGAUACCAAUAUCUGCAUAUCGAUAUAUUGGCAGAUAUUGUUUUUCUGUUAACGUUCUGGAUGACGAUCACUUGAAUUUGGGUGACAUGUACUUAACAAGACAAUUUACAGUCACAAAAUGUCAGUGCCCUCUGGUGGUCAAACAAUGCCAACACCCUUUUAUAAUGACCUUGUACAUAUCUGCCAAAUAUUUGGCUUUUCUGUAAAGCAGUUUCUCAUAUGUCGAUAUGUCUUCGAUAAGCUAGAAUCAGUUGAUUAUACUGGCUGUAGUUGUAGCUUUCAUGAACAACUGGCAAACAACUGGUUUAUGGUAAAUACUGUACAUCCAUAUCAUGUUUUUAAAGGACUGUUUAACAUGUCCAGGCUGAUACAACCAAACAUAUGAGUUCAUAACCUGUAAAUAUGACUUUAUUCCUAACUUUACGAGUUAAUGAGGACCAACACAAACAGAGAUGGAAGAGGAGAUCUGAAAAAGGGUGGAAAGAAGGAAUCUUGAGAGAAUAUUAAAAAAAGAAAAGCUGAAUCCAAGUGUACGGACUCCACCGCAGUUGUAGACUCGAAGACUUUGCGGGCAGCGUUCCCCGGGAAGUCUGCGAGUGCUGAGGGCUCUCCAAAUCCUCAAUUCAUCCCGUCCACAAAGGGGCCUCCAGCAGACUUUGUGCAGAUUUCCAGAGAGUCUGCUUGGGGUGCAGACUUCACCGAUUUAAUGUGACGUUGUAGAUUUUACAAUUGUGAAACAGAAUUGAGACCUGUGAACACAUCACAGUACAUACGGUUAAAGUCCCCAAGUGUGGAGUGGAGGGUGGACAUUUGGAUUCAGCCAAAGACAAGAAUGAUACAUAUAUUCUGGUCUGGUUUACUGCUGGAGAGUCUCAGGACUGCAGCACAGAGAGGGGGAAGAGCUGGCAGGUACAGUGAAUGAAAACAGGGAAUGUUGUUUAAAAAAUGAAAGAGAGCAGACAGUUAAAGACCAGUGAAGUCAAUUAAGCACUUUCCCGGUGCUGGCUGAGCGUUACUGAGCAGCCUCCAGCUGAGCUUGAAGACGUAGAUGUGACGUGAGCAACCUGUCUGAAAGUGUGAAGUCUUCUGGUAGCUGUGCCGAGAGAAAUCUCAAUCAUUCCCAAUCUUACAGAGACGGAGAGCGUGAGUAGGAGCUGUCCAUGAGCGUAGGAGCAAAAUGUUGCUGAAAUAUUUUGUUCCGAUGCUUUCAUGGCCUCUCUACGGGCUUCUCCCUUGACUGUAUGAUGCCUCCACGUCCCCCUGAUUGCCUGUGAGCUUCUCCUGUACUAUACGGUAAUUCCUCUACUGUGUGACAGUAAGUCUCGUGGUUAUGACCCAAUCAUUAGCCUAUUGUUAUAAAAGCGUCUGCUACGGAGCCAUAAC